UGUAAUUAUUUUACAAAUUAUUAAUGUGUACAUCUGUAUUGAUAGUCAAAUCUCGAUUUUAGAAGCCAUUUAAAAUUUUUAACGUUAUCAAUAUAUACAGUGAGACUUAAUGGUAUAAGGUUAUUGACGAACAAGUGAUAUCGACCAGUCUUAAAUACUGUACGAAAUUAAUGCUGUGAAGCAGGAAAGGAUGGGAGUUACGGAUUAAUUAUUACGUGAAGCGUUACACAUUUACGUAACAGGAAUUUUGGGAAGGAUAAGGAUUGAGAAAGGAUGAGGAAAGGACCUGCUCAAUGAGAGUGUAUACAAUAUGUGAGAAAAAUUCGGAUAGACCGGACUGGGAUUCGAACCCAGAGCCUUCCGAUGACAUGUCGGCUGCUCUACCAUCGGGUGCUCGAUGUACGAUAAAUAUGAUACAAAGUCCCCCACGCCUUUUUUUUUUACAAUAAUAUGUACUAGUAUUUUUAAUUCAUUAUUGUUUUAAGCUUAUUUUAAAAAUUAUUUCCUCAAUUUCUUCCAGGUAAAAAUCCUUAAACUGUAUGUUUUGCUCUCUAUCCAAAUAUGUUUUUGAUAUAUCAUCUGUCAAACUUAUCCAUAUUUUCCGUGUUUGAUGUAUUUUAUUUAAUGAGUUACUGACCUUGGCAUAGUUUGGAGUCUUUUUAACUGCUUGGUGUAGAUUUGCAGGUUGGUGUUCGAGUGGAAUUUCAAAAAUCUGCCCAUCAGGUGUGGCCUUUGAGGUUAUGCAUAUGGUGUUUGAUUUCCCAUCUGCUGAUAGUUUCAGAGCAAAAUCAAACCUCAAUUUUUCCAUGUUUUGUGAAAUAUUUGCAUAAAAUGUUGUUUUAUAAUAAUGUUUCACUCUUGGUUAAUUGGUAAAAUUAAACAAAGACGUAAUUGUGUUUCUCUAUUUAACGAAAGAAACAACAUUUAAAGCCCUUAUUUCAGGUUUUUUUCUUCAUAUUUUUACAAAUAUAGAUAAUAUUCUCUUCAAGAAAGUACAGGAAAGCUUCACUAUAAAGAACAUGAAGGGACCAAAAAAUAGUUGAGUUUGUUAUACUGAAGUUCUUUAUACUGAAACAUAAGCAUUGUUAUAAAUAUGUAUACCGAUAAACACAUGAAACACCUUAAGUGUACUAAGGUUCAGUAUCACAGUCAUUAGUCUAUGGCCGCUUGAAGAACCUGUUCACAUACUCUCUGCUGAUGCUUUGUCUAUGGUCAGGAGACACAUUGUAGGCAGAGCUGCCAACCUCAAAUCACACCCAUCAUUAAUGACAAUUAUAUGGAAAAAGUACAUGUAAAUCAUGCACGAUAAAUUUUUCCUGAGGAAUUAUAACACACACAAGAUAAAAUAAGGACAAUAAUAUGCAAAAAAAAAAAAAAUGAAAAAUGUAGGCCUAUGCAUAUGAAUACAAUGAAAAUUAAUGAAUCAAAGAAAAAAAAAAAAACUAUUUGAACAAUACAAUCAUCUGAAUAUGUAAGAAAUGUCAAUAAUUUUACAGGAAAUUUUCAACCUUCAAUUCAAAGUAUGCAAAGUUAUACUUUUGAACAAUUGUCUUUUUAUUUGCUUCUUUUAUCCUGGUUGGAUAAGAACUGUCUUAUAAACAAACAACAGAACUUGUAAACAAUAACUCUGCGUUAGUUACUUUCGUUUCUUCAGAUGUAGCGAAAAAACUACAAUAUGGAUUUAUUGCUCGUCAUGACUAUAAAAUAUUCCGCAUGUUUCUUUAAUUCAAUGUGCCCUCUACAGUCAUCCCUUCCAACGUGUGCAAUCGAAAAGUCACACGUGCAUACAUUACAAAACGCAUGGUGUUCCAAAACAUUUGAAGACGACAAGCAUCGUCAUUCUUUUGAAUAGUUAGGUCUUAGGUCGAAAGUUUUGAUGAAUUGCGUUAUUUUUUUUUCUCCCCCAUAUACACUUUUGUUCUGUCACACGCUUCAUUUCUACAACCGGCACUGAAGAACACAACGCUAUUGAAAAACGUAAAAAAUUUCACGCCUGUAGACACGACAAAAACACUAUGGACUGUGAUGAAAAAAAUGACUUUCAAAAAAUAAAUUAAAACACAGGUUAGCCAAAGUACCGUACAAAAAUUAUCAUAAUGUAAGUAGCCAAAAAACGAAAAAUCCGAGAAUAUGUACUAGUUGUAUCGUACAACGGACGUAAUACCAUUCCAAUAUUAUUUCAAAACACGAGAAUUAAUCUACUAAUUUCGAUAGUACGUGCGCACACAUACUAGUUCCGUUAUUGUUUUUGUUUACGUACACGCUGUUACGUUUGAAUAAAAAAAUUAAAAAUAAAGAACAAGUUUUUGCAGUGUUGCCAAUCUGCGGGUAAUUACCCGAAUUUCGGGUAUUUUCAACUAGUGCGGGGAAAAUUGCGAGUAUUCUCUGGUUUCGGGUAAAAUGAGGGUAUUUUUGUACAAUGAGAAAUAACACUUUUGAUGAAGGGUAAAGUUUUUGCUGUAACCAUUGGAAAUAUGUGUUCCAGAUAAUAUUGUUCAACAUUAUAUAACCUAGAAUAUUUAUCAGUAUAUUUUAGCCCAGGAGGAAAUCAUUUAUGUAAUUAUAUCUAUGAUUGAACUUUUAACCUAAAAUUAUGCCUCAGUAAAUUAUCCUGAUAUCUGUGACUAUUAUUUAGACAUUGUUGUGGUGGUGUAUGGCUAUUGUUUUGCUGUGCGGGAAUUUGUUAUGAACUGUUAGGUUGCAUUCUAAACAUCAAUAUGCAUAUUGUCUGAACUAUAAAGUUUGAUUAUAAAUAACAAUAUGGAAAAGUGGCUAGGGCUACGUCAAAAUAGCGACCAAGAACCAAGUUGCAGCUCUCAGUCGGCAGAAAUAAGACUCCAUGAAUGCAAUCCAGACGCAAGUUUAGAUAUUAUAGCAGAAUCUGAAGAAAAACAAAGUCAUUGUGUUCUUAAAAACCCGAGAAAAAAGUUAAAAAUAAGUGGGAAAAUAAAAAGGACUAAUAAGUUUUGUGAUUCCUGGUUGCAAAUACCAGAACUCAAGUCCUGGUUACAAAAAUCCAACAAAACUAGCUUAGGCAAUGAGUUAGCGUACUGUACAGUAUGUAGAGUUGACAUAACUGCACACAAGAAUGAUAUCACUCGUCACAGUAAUUCGUCAAAACACCAGUUAAACUGGCAACAAGUAAGCACUUCACACAAACUGACGAGUUUAAAAUUUAUAACUUCAGACGAAGUUAAAAGAGCCGAAAUUAAAUUAGCUGGUUUGAUAGCUUCUAACAACCUACCAUUCUCAUUGGUUGAUACAUUAGUACCAUUAUGUGCAGAUAUUUUCCCUGACUCAAAGAUUGCAAAAAAUGUUACUUUGGGACGAACCAAAGCCACAGCAGUUGUGAAAGACGUUCUAGGUCCAGCUUUCCAAUCAAAAUUGCAUAAGCAUUUAGCUGAAGCUGGGACAUUUUUGUCAAUAAUUAUGGACGAAACCACUGACAUGAGUUCUGUGAAACAGUGCGCAUUUGCUGUAGUGUACUAUAAUAAUGAAACUCACAGUGUUGUAACAAGUUUCCUGGACAUGGUGAGUGUGACUUCUAGUGCAGCAACUGAUUUGUUUGAGUGCCUAAAAAAUUGCUUACAUCUGAAAAACAUUCCACUGUCAAAUAUUGUCGGCUUUUCUGCUGAUACAACAAAUGUGAUGGUUGGUGAACAUCAUUCUGUAUUUUCUUUGCUGAAAGAAAAUGUGCCAGGCAUUGUUUGCAUAAAAUGUUCAUGCCACAUGAUUCAUCUGGCUGCUUCAAAAGCUUGCUUAGUACUUCCUCGUUCAGUUGAAGAUUUGCUGAGAAAUCUUGGUGCUCAUUUUAGUAGGAGUUACAUAAGAAGAGAAAAACUGAGAGAAUUUCAAAUUUUUUUCCAAACAGAAAUUCAUAACAUUCUUUCUCCAGCUGUCACACGUUGGUUGUCACUGAAGGCUUGCAUUGACAGGGUUUUAGAGCAGUACUUAGCACUUGAAUCAUAUCUUAGAGAGUCUGUCUUUGAAGAUCCUUCAAGAACAACAGAAGAUAUGCUGAAGACCAUGGAAAACAAGUAUACUAAAAUGUAUAUGGAGUUUAUGUAAUAUGUUCUUGGUCUUUUGACAAAUUUCAACACGCUCUUUCAAGGUGAAAUGCCAUUGCUCCAUCGACUCAAACCAGAAGUUGAAAGACUUCUGAAGACCCUAUGCUGUAAUUUUAUGAGUCCAUCAUAUGUUAAAGGCAUGGAUGUAUUGACAAUUGAACAUAAAAAUCCAUCAAACUAUGUUGCUUUAAAUAAAGUAUAUCUUGGAAUCCUUGCACAAAGUAGUUUGGACAAACUUACAGAAGAUAAGAAUGUUCGUGAAAAUGAUUUACAGUUUUUUCUAAAAUCAUGCCUCCAGUUUUAUGUCGAGCUUGUAUCACAGAUCAAAAGUAGGUUUGAUUUUAGUGACAAAGUGUUUGAUGUUGUCAACAUAGUUGAGCCUUGUGUUGCCCAGUCUUUAGAGAUUCCAUCAAUUAUGCCAGUUCUGAAGCGUUUUCCUAUAUUAAAUGACCAUGUAAGUGCUCAAGCUGUAGACCAUGAAUGGCGGCAACAUGCGAUGUUAGACCAUGCAAAACUUGGUCUUGAUAGUUCAAAACCAGCAGAGGAGUAUUGGAAGGAUGUUUUCAAUCUCAAGAAUGCAGCUGGAGCGAAACUCUUCGAAAAUCUGGAAAAGGUAUUGGGACUUCUCUUGGUUCUUCCAUUCUCCAAUGCAUGCGUGGAAAGACUUUUCAGCACACUUAGAAACAUCAAGACAUAUCACAGAAACAAACUAUCAAAUGAUACUUUGGUAGCUUUGAUUAGUUCAAAGGAAGGUAUUGAAGCCGAGGGAGGCUGUGUUUCAUUCAAUCCCAGCAAGACAAUGGUGAACACAAAACUGUGGAACUGAAACUACAGAACAUAUGGUGUUUUUAUAGUAAAUUUAUACGAUUUAAAUUACAGUGUAAUUUUAUAAGGCAAUUGGCCAUAAUAGAAGUUGUUUUAUGUAGUGCUUAUUAUGUUCCAAUUAUAUUUGUAUUUAUUUAAUAAUUUAAAUGUGUACAUACCUACAUAAAAAAAUAUUUUUAAUGCUUUGUAGACAGCCAUUUAUUAUACGAUAAAUACCUACUUUCAAAAUGGUUAAAAAGCUCACAGCAUGAAAUUCUUGUUUUGAUAAAACUGUAUAAACGAUAAGUUUUACGUUCCAGCUAGAUGUUAAACAGGUAUUGAUGUUCUCGUUCAAGCUCUUGUGGGUGUCCGCCCUUAGUUACAAUUUUUUUUAGGAGUGCGGGUAAAAGCGGGUAUUUUUGCUUUCACAUGAGGGUAAAAAUGAACACCUGCAUUGGCAACACUGAGUUUUUGGAUGGUAAUUUUUUUCAUAAUGUGCCUCAAGGUUGUUCGUUCAAGUGAAUAUUUUUGUUUCACGAAGAAACGGACCGUCGUAAAAUUCGUUAAGAUGAAAUAAAAUUCAAGGUUAUUAUAUACGUUUUUGGCGGGACCAAACAAUGAGUUCGGUUAAGUGAAGUGUUCGUUUAACUGAAGUUCAUUGUACUGGUGCUUUCCUGUAUAUAUUGUUCACAACCCACUCUCACUUUUUAUUUAAUUAAAUGUCACAAUAUUAGGUAGGCUUUGUUCUUUGUUUAUAUCGCGCCAAAGACAAACUCAAAGAAAAGAGUUCGCACAUGAGCGAAAUUGUUUUCUUUACAAAUACGUCUUUGCUUCAUUUUACCAAUUAUAUAAAUUGACAAAAAUCUUAUUUUGCAAAUUGAUUAAUGGGAUAAUCUUAUCAAAUUAGUGUAUUGUCAUCGGUCCUCGAUAAAUCUACAAAGUUUUAAUGAAACCUGGCCGUUUAAAGUGGGUAAAAUCGCACCCAAAGGAAUCGGUUACAAACAUACAAACAAACAUACAAACAAACAUACAGGUGAAGCUAAUAUAAAGCGUGUAAAAAUAGACAUGUUCAUGUUCUGCCCUAUCCACCUCAGUCGGUUAGGUUAACCUUGUGGGGGGACACAACAGGGAAGCUCCAGGACCUUAGGCUCAACGGCACUGCUUUGUAUGUGUAGAGGUAUACAAGUAGAGAAAAUAUGCCGACUGUCUCAUUACGUGGGCUCUUACAACCAACAGAACACCACAAAAAUGUAUUAAAUUAACUCACGAAAGGAACUGAUUUUACAUGAAAUAAUAACUUUUUAUUUCGGUUCAGGCCAUUUAUUAUUAUUUAAAUAAUUUAAAUAUCAUCAUGCACAUACUUAACCUACAAAGAUAUGAGAAUUCAGUAUCACAAAACAUUAAAUUAUUAAAACAGCAAGCUUGGGGCCCCAUACUAGUAUAAAAAAACAUUAAAAGACAAUAAGCACAUGGCUGGUUACACCAGUGGUAUUUACAAUAGCAGAAAAUAUUUUUGAGGUUAUUAACUAAAAAUUACUUUACUAUAGAGGGUAUUAGUAAAUUGUGAAUGAGCUACUUGGUAAAAGAAACAGACCUGCCAACAGUGGUUGAACAAUUAUCACAUGACAUUUUAAUGUUGGAAUCAUGAGUUGAAAUUCAAGGCACAAAGAGUUUCAUUCACAAUUACGACAUAUCGCGAGGAUCUGCUGCAAACGUUUUAGAAGAGGGCCAGAAUAGUUCCAUUCCUAUCUGGUAGAAUUGGCCAAGUCAGCAUAAUUUCAUUCUGUCAAGUGGUGACUUCUAAACUGGAGCAAGUUUCAAGCCCAUUAUUGAAUCACUGAUGGAUGUGAGAUGUUACCUGUUCUGUUUGCCUGACCACACAGUGCUCCGGUUUCCCAGCACUGGCGAGUACUUAAAUGCAUUUAAAUAAGUAAUAUGAAGUAAUAAAAGGUCAAAAAGCAUCAUAAGAAACUAUUUAUAACAAAAUAAGAGAACUUGAAUAGCAACAAACUCCAAUGAAUUAAUGCAUUAACAAAAAAUAAAAAAAUUCAUGGAAAGGACUGAAAUGUGAGUAAUGUUAUAUACUUGAAGAUUUCAAUGUGAAUUAAAUGAAAUUUUCUUAUACGAUACAAAUAGAACUGAAAUAAAUUUAGAUAUAACGAAAUGAUUCAGAAAAUUAAAACUACUCGAAAUUGAAUUAAUUUGAAUUAAUUGUUUUUUACUUCAAUACAUUUUAAUACGUAAAAUGGAAGUAGAAAAAGUUCAAAAAGCCUCAAAAGAACUUAUUUAUAAAGAAAUAAGUUUACUUGAAUAGAAACAAACGCCAAUGCAUUAAUGCAUUAAGAUGCCGUCGUCCGGGGUCUCGGGCUCGAGUCCCGGUGCAGUUCCUAGCGGGAGUGGCUGUUGUGAAUGUAAUGUGUCCGGGUGGGCGCCAGACUAGCUCUGAUUCUAGUCGAUAGGUGGGUCGUGGGGUCGAUUGCCCUGCGUGGCCCACUAGGACAGUCGGCGAUGUUGCGUGGGUCUGAGGAAUUCCCUACUUGGCGGUGGUUGGGAGUCGUAGGGUUAAGUAAACAUACGCUGAAGUGAUGUAACAAAUGACGUGCGUCAUUUAUUCAUGCGACUGUGGUUUAGGUGUAACGCCGUUGGUUACACGCCACGUCGUACAACAGGUGACGUCACACAAUACAGAAAUUACACAAUUACACAAGGAUAGUUUGAAAGUUACUUAAUAAGACGUGGCACAAGUUCAUAAAAAAUGUUACGCGGAGACGCGUCGCACAAGUUCACAAAAGAAAACGUUUUAGAUUCAAGGCGUCGCACAAAGUUACUAAUUAUUACGUAUUAGCGUGGCACUAGGCGUUUCUGAGCCUGGUUGCUCAAAAGAGGGGUGAGGGCGAUUGGAGGCGGCCAAUCCCGUAUAACAACGUCUCGAGGCGGUGUUCGCGUCCACUGUAGUGGAGCGUGGACCGCAGCUAAAUUCGCUCAAAGUUCUCUUACGGGUUGGGGUCAGCACCGGAGCGGCUGGUUUUAAUUAAAGUUCUGUUCUUCGGGAGGCGGCCCGUGCCGUAUGCUGAAACUACCUCGCAGACCAAGUGUGGUGCAGGGGGUUUUAAAAGUUAUGCGUCCGGAUUAAGUCCUGGACCAAAAAUUGGACCGGGUACGCACGGAGAGAUAAUUAAAAAGGGGUUUCGAAGAAGUGACUAUAAUUACCAGAAGUGAGUUCUUUGCAGACAAUGGAUGAUGUCUCUCCGUGGGACGUGCGUCCGCCCCGGUCCACGAGUCACGCUGUACUGGCGUCAUGUGUUGGCGGCCGGCCGAGGCUCGGUGUCCCUCGCGCCAGGUUUGACCUCAUUACGUUAGUUUCUAAUGUGACAUGUUAAUAAGAGAAUUUAAGGGCGUUAAAUUCUUACAUUAAUUAUUAAGGCUGGAUUAAGGUCACUCGUCCCUUCUACAAAUUGAAGUUAGUAUGUUUAAGAAUUAUUUCAUUUAAAUUUUACGUCACACCAGCGACUGUUCGUCUCUUGCCGGACUGCUCUGGUGGGGGUAAUAACGCAACACGAGAGUUUAAUAAUUAUGUCACAUGGGUUAAUUGACUAAUUCAGGCAGAAGGCCGCCAGGGGGACACACACACGUAUCGACGUAUUUACACACGUGAGUGCCCGGGCACUCCUACGUCGCACUUUCGUUAAUCAACUUUGAAUGUAUGCAUAAUAUUGUUUCAUAUUCUGUGUUUGUUUUUACACCGUGGUCGGCUGUAAUGUCGGUCUGUUUUUUAGGGGGGCCGGGUUCUACCUUGGUUUCUGGUGGCUCGCCUGACUCGGGUGGGCCAUGGCUAGGGGCGCGUUCCGUUAGCGGGGUUGAAUACUGGCGGUUGCAGGUCGGGCUUUAGGGUGGCCUUCGUUCGGACGACGUCAAAGAGACUAAAAAAAUUAUUGAAAAGGACUGGAAUGUUGGGAAAUGUUAUCUACUUAAACCUUUUAAUGUGAAUUAACCGAAAUAAACUUAAAUGAUAUUUAUAACGAAAGAAGUUUACUUGAAUAAAAUCAAAUUCCAAAGAUUAAAUGCAUGAACUGAAACGAAAUAAAUUAUUGGAAAUGUUAUCUACUUGAACCUUUCAAUAAUGAAUUAACCGAAAUAAUCUUAAAUGAUACCAAUGGAAAUGAAUAAUUCCAAUUAUAACGAAUUGAUUCGGAAAAUUAUUAUAUCAAACCAAAUUACUCGAAACAAUAUAAAAAAGUUGAUUUCUACCCAAAUGUACUUAUUUAAGUAAAAUGACGUAGAAAGAUAUCGAAAAGCAUCAAAAGUACCCAUUUAUAACAAUAUAAGUUUACUUGAAUAGAAAUAAAUACUAUGAUUUAAUAAAUGAUUAAAUCAAAAUAAAUAAUUGGAAAGGACUCAAAUGUUUGGAAAUGAUAUCUACAUAACAAUUUUAAGUGUAUUUUCUAAAUUAAUAAUAAACGAUAUCAAUGAAAACGAAAUAUUUCCAAUUAUUAUGAAAUUAGUCGAAAAAGCUAAUACAUCAAACAAAAUCACUGGAUACAAUAUUAAUAUAAUGAUUUUUUUCUUAAAUGAACUGAAAUAAGUAAAAUAAAGUAGAAAAAGUUCAAUAACAUCAAAAGUACCUAUUUAUAACGAAAUAAGUUAACUUAAAUAGAAACAAACUCCAAUGAAUUAAUGCAUUGAUAAAAAAUGAAAAUAUCAUUGCAAAGGACUGAAAUGAGGGUAAAUAUCAUCUACUUUAACAUUUCAAUGUGAAUUAACCGAAAUUAUCUUAUAUGAUACCAAUGGAACUGAAAUAAAUCCAAAUAUAACGAAUUGAUUCCGAAAUUUAAUACUUCAAACUAAAUCACUCGAAACAAUAUAAAUAUAAUGAUUCUUUUCUUAAAUGAACUUAAAUAAGUAAAACAAAGUAUAAAAAGUUCAAAAAGACUCAAAAGAAAUUAUUUAUAAAGAAAUAAGUUUACUUGAAUAGAAACAAACUCCAAUGAAUUAAUGCAUUAACAGAAACUAAAAAAAUCAUUGGAAAGGACUGAUAUGUCUGGAAAUAAUAUCUACUUGAACCUUUCAAUGAAGAUUAACCGUAAUAAUCUUAAAUGAUACCAAUGGACAUGAAAAAAACCCAAUUAUAACGAAUUUAUUUGGAAAUUUAUUAUGUCAAACCAAAUCACUCGAAAGAAUAUAAAUAAAUUGAUUUCUACCCAAAUGUAUUUAUUUAAGUAAAAUGUAGUAGAAAAAUAUCAAAAAGCAUCAAAAGAAGCCCAUUUAUAACGAAAU